UCCUACAGGUUCUGUCAUUGGCUGAAACAGACCCGGAAGUUGAAAAUCUGUACACAUCUGCUCAAACGUCUGAAUUUAAAUCUGCGUUUUAUUCAGAUUGAAUUAAAGAAGGUCAACACUUUAGAGAGGUUGCAGAAGAUGGGAUCUAAAGAUUUGAGACUCAUGGAUGUUUUCUCCUACGAGAGUCUCGUGCAUGCAGUCGCCGGUGCAGUGGGCAGCGUGACUGCAAUGACUGUUUUCUUUCCUCUCGACACAGCUCGGCUUCGGCUGCAAGUGGAUGAAAAGAGGAAAGCCAGGUCCACACCAGCCAUUCUGGGUGAGAUCAUCAAGGAGGAGGGUCUGUUAGCUCCAUAUCGAGGUUGGUUUCCAGUAAUCUGCAGUCUCUGUUGCUCCAACUUUGUGUACUUCUACUGUUUUCAUAGCUUGAAGGCCACCUGGUUGAGAGGUCAUAGGUCAACACCAGGACGAGACCUGAUCAUUGGCAUUGUUGCAGGUGUAGUAAAUGUUCUGGUCACCACUCCACUCUGGGUCGUCAAUACCAGACUAAAACUACAGGGGGCGAAGUUCAGAAACGAGGACAUAAAGCCUACACACUACAAAGGAAUCAUAGAUGCAUUUGCGCAGAUCAUUCAGCAGGAAGGAUUGGGAGCUCUGUGGAACGGCACAUUUCCCUCCCUGCUCCUGGUGCUGAAUCCUGCUGUUCAGUUUAUGAUCUAUGAGGGUCUGAAGAGGCAGCUGAUGAGAGGAGUGCACAGAGAGCUGAGAUCUGUGGAGGCGUUUCUAAUAGGAGCCAUUGCCAAGGCGGUAGCAACCACGAUAACCUACCCACUACAAACAGUUCAGUCCGUCCUACGGUUUGGGCAGCACGGGCAGCCAACAGAACAGAACAAACUACUGAGCAGUAUGAGAUCUGUUAUGUAUCUGCUCAUCAAUAGAGUCAGGAAAUGGGGCAUGCUGGGAUUGUUCAAAGGCCUGGAGGCAAAGUUACUUCAGACGGUCCUUACGGCUGCGUUGAUGUUCUUGCUGUAUGAGAAGAUCGCCAGUGUCACAUUUAGGGUCAUGGGGUCAAACACCUAGUGACGUCCCGCUGACCCCUUACAGAACUUUAAUUAGCUAUAAUUAACUUUCAUUUUUAUCACAUUAACUUUAUGGUUGAUAUGAAUGAUAUACAGUAGUGCUCAUAUGUACAUAAUAUAAUGAAGGCAAAUAUACACUGCAAAAAUGACUUUCUUACUUAGUAUUUUUGUCUUGUUUUUAGUACAAAUAUCUGUAAUCAAGAUGUAUUUUCUUGAUAUGCAAAACAACCUGAGAAAAUAAGUCUUUUAGACAAAAAAUAUACACUUUAACUGAAUUUGUGCUUAAAAAAUUCUUGAAUUAAGUGUUUGAGAAAAAAAGUAAACUUAUUUCAAGAUGUUUCCUUACCCCAUUGGCAUUUUGGCUUGUUUUAAGCACACAUUCACUUAAAUUUGCUAUUUUUUGUCUAAAAACUAGACUGUUUCCUUGGGUUAUUUUGCUUAUCAAGAAAAUGCAUCUUGAUUUAAGAUUUUUUUUAGAAAACAAGACAAAAAUACUAAGUAAGAAUGUCAUUCUUUUUUUUUUUUUGCAGUGUAUAUACAUGCAAACUAAAUUUUUACCAAAAGUAGACGAUGUUUAUCAUUUGCUGCCAGUGCUGAUGGGAAAUUUGAGAGUAGAAUUUGGAAAGGAUGAUGCUGUGCCAAUCGAUGCAAGUAAUUGGACAAUACAUUUGGUCUGUCACUUGUUUUGACAGAGUGAGAAAGACUUUUUCUCACGUAGUUUCAUUUUAAAGACUGCAAGGAAACAAUACAUUGAAUUUGUUUUUCCUCUAUCUUUCUUGACUCAAAAAAAUUAAAUAUUUAUU